CAUUAAUUGUAACCUGAAAUAAUCGAACUUACUAUACAUAUAUCGCGGUAAUAAAUUUAAAUUAAGUACAAUAAGUAUGUCUGAUGAGGAUGAUGUUGAUAUAAACAAAGAGUUUGAAAAUUUGCUGUUCGCUGAAGAAAAUGCUCAGAACUUAGGUCACAAAGAAGGUUAUGAGUUUGGCAAACAGCAGCUAAUAAAGGGAUUUCAUCUUGGGUACCAUAGGGCCAGUUUAAUAGGUGCACAAUUAGGAUAUUACUGUGGUGUCUUAGAACAAUAUUUGAACGCAAACAAGUUUAAUUCAGAGAAAGGUGUUACUAUUGCAAAAGAACUUCUUCAAAAUAUUUAUAAUUUUCCAAAACAUAACGAGGAAAAUGUAGACAUAUUGGGAACUGUAGAUAGCAUUAAAUUUAAGUAUGCUAAGUUUUGUUCAUUAACUAAAACUUGUUCAUCAUAUCCAGAAGCAGAUAAAUUUGAUUUUUAAUCAACAGAACUAUUACCCUUAUAAAACUCUAAAG